CCUGUAUCCUCAAACGCUCGCCCAUCAUGUCUGCGAGGUGCUACGACCAGGACGGCAACGAGAACCCAGACCUCCUUGCGUGUUCCGCCGACGGCAACGGCCUAGCCUCGUGCUGCCAACCAGGCGACGCAUGCGCUACGAACGGCUUCUGCCUCCCUCCCAGUGCCGCAAAAGCACCGCUCAACUACUACGUGUACGGCUGUUCAGACCCGACCUGGAACGCCUCGACCUGCGUUAACGAGUGCGACUGUAUGGCAUUGACUCGGCCGGACGGGAAGGCUGCUAACAUGGCUGUUUAGUAGUAAUAGGAACCGGCGUCAUACCGUGCGGAGAGUCCAAGUUCUGCUGCU